AUGAUUGCUCAAUACAAGACGGCUAGAAUCCAUGAAGACCAUGACCUUUUUCAUCCUAUUUUACGUCCCUCCGAAAUCAAGACCAAGAAAACAUCCACUUCCCAACGGAUUCAAUCUUCUCCCUACGUUGAUAAAGAACAUUGGCUCAAUUUAGAGUCCUUGUCUUUUGGCCAUCGUCUCUUAUCCUUGGCCCUUCAAAGCUUUGUUCCAAAAGAUCCAAUCUAUUAUGCUCAUCUUCCUUACGAGGAAGCCUUUGAUAUCGAGGAAAUCGUCCAAUUAGUACGGGACUAUGCACAUCAAUGUCUCUUGCCUGUUCCGAGUUUUUCUGCCUAUAUUGUGGCAUUUCGCUCUGUCUUGCAUUCAAACGUUCAAAGUUCCCAAGAAAUGCGCCACAAGCUAGCGGAAAUCGAUAAGGGAUCACAUUCGGAGGCAAAUGCUUCUGGUGGUCUACUGAAAUACUGGUAUGGCGUGCCUGACGAUACGUACGGCCAAAAUUUGGCUACGUGCUGGUGGGAUUCUAAAAAGAGUGCGAAGCUUGGAGGAGCAGGAAAUAUUCAUCGCGAAGGGUUGAAAACUGUCCGAGGAUGGUACAAAAACUGGAAACUCGAGGAAUACAAACUCGAAAUCGUUGAAGGUGGAAACGACUAUGUUUUCCAACGUCUUUCUUUGUAA